AGUACUCUCAACCAUAUUAUUAUGGUGCUACUACCAAUCUUGGUGCUACUACACUACCAUACCAUCCAUACCACCUACCAUACCACCACUCUUGUGACCAAAGGCAAAAUUGACAAGGCUUCAGUUACCCAUUAUAUUCUCAUCAAGGACGUCCAAUUCGAGAGAAAAGAAAAUACUUAUCACGCAAACUUAUAAAUAGGAACUUCCUAAAACAUUCUAUCACGUUAUUUGCCGCUAGAACGUCGAGGCGCGCGUGCCCAGGGCGGGGACCUUUUGUCAAAUCAGUCCGUGUUUGACAGGAACUACCGUAACCUUCUGAUCUGGCGGGGUUAAACCUUCUUCGCCACAGCACAUACAGAACCGCAAUGCGCCUACAGGACCUAGCUUAGCAAGAACGAAAGGCUUCCCUUUCUAGAUUUGCCUUUGUUUUAGCCCUCAUAGCAGUCGUAGCUGCCAAGAUUUACUGAAUAUGAAUACAAGGCCAACCAUCGAGCCGUCGGUUAGCCCUGUGGCGUUGUACGCAGCCUUCAACGACGACGCAACGUGCUUUUCAGUUGGGCUGGACUCUGGGUUUUGUAUUUUCAAUUCUGACCCGUGCGAGCUACGGGCAUCACGAGAUUUCAAUGGCGGGGUGGGAGCCGUGGACAUGUUGGCCAGAGCGAAUUAUAUAGCACUGGUUGGAGGGGGGAAGCAACCCAAAUUCCCACUCAAUAAGGUGAUAAUAUGGGAUGAUGCGAAACAGAAGGCUGUAAUAACUCUUGAAUUUGGGACUGCAGUCCGAAGGGUUCGAUUAACGAGACAACGGAUCGUCGUCGUACUACAGAACAGCGUCCAUGUGUAUGUUUUCUCUUCCCCUCCAGAAAAGGUUUCUAUUUCCGAGACUGCCGACAACCCCCUGGGCCUCUGUUGCUUAUCGUCACAAUUGCUGGCGUUCCCUGGGCGUACUCCAGGUCAGGUGCAUUUGGUUGAACUGGAAACGGGAGGUGUGCGAAUCAUCCCGGCACAUACAUCUCCCUUGCGGGCUAUUGAAAUUAGUCCCGACGGUGAGAUCAUGGCAACGGCAAGCGAGACGGGCACAUUGAUACGCGUAUUUGGAACAAGCAAUGGUGCUCGUAUUGCCGAGUUAAGGCGGGGCGUUGACCAUGCGUCUAUUUUUUCGAUAUCUAUCUCACCGUCCAGCCAAAUGCUGGCAGUUACCUCAGACAAGUCGACGUUGCAUGUCUUUGAUAUGCCCCAUCCUUCAAAGGUGGCAAGACCAGAUUCAAGCAAUCCUAACCGACGCCUCACAUCGAUGGGUAGUGGCAGUCCUUCGCCGGUGGGAGAUGAAGCUCCAACUCAGAAGUGGGGUAUCCUCAGCAGAAUACCCAUGUUACCACGUGUGUUCUCAGAUAUCUAUUCUUUCGCAUCGGCACAUUUCGAGAUGGGCGAUGCCGUACCUCAAGAGUCCUCACUUCUUGACAGCACUUCUGGAGCCUCUAGACCGCGGAAGGGAGUUAUCGGCUGGACCAGUGACCACAGCCUCAUUGUCAUUAGUGCUGGACGUGACGGGCGGUGGGAAAAAUUUAUCCUUGCAGAAGGCGAGGAUGGAAAGCGAUAUUGCGUCCGUGAUGGCUGGAAGAGGUAUCUUGGCCCAUCAUGAUGAGGCUCUCGAUCAGGGAAUAAUACUUGGUAUUACGAUUGGGCCGCGCAUGCUCAAUCAACGUGACCAAAAUUGGGCGAUGGAUGUUCGAUUCCAAGAGCAUUCCACUCAAACCAAGCCAAUAAGCAGCCGGGAAUCUACGGCAUCUCUUCAGCAAACAUACGAGUAUUUGGAAGUAGACAUAAUAUUUGCGGCGGUUGAUCAAGAUCCUUAUCGUCCGGCUUGGUAUCUGGAAAUGCGAAUUUUGGUUGUAGUUGGCCUAGUUGUUACCACAUAUCAAUUCCAGCCAUGAAAUAACUUAGAACUUUU